AUCUCAUUUCCAACUAUGGCUACGAGAGAGUAGGACGUACGGCAACACCGCUUUACGAAUUUUCGUAUUCUUCUCACAUUUGUUUAAUUUUUCUUGUGUGGAAUCCUGUCAGAGACGCAAAUGAAGUAAAGAAACUGUGGCGCGCAGCUGUCUGAAUCAUGAUGCAAUACAGGAACCUAGAUUUCGUCAUGGUUUAGAAACCCUCAUUCUAUCAGAGGUCAUGGCAAGACUCACACGUGAAGAUCUGAGCGCGUUUUUUAUUAUGAGUGACCGUUUCAAAGUGUCUUCUAGAGAGAAAAUCCCCAGCAAUUGAAGGUAUAUCAAGUGAGACAGGUUUGUGCUUUGGGGGGGGACAGCCCCUGGUGAUUGAGCUCACUUGCCCUCAGAAUAGGUACCAUAACAUCAUUGAUCAACAUCAAGCAGCACGUACACCAAUAAUUGCCAAAAAGAAGACCUAGCCCAUCCACAUUUUUUUAUUUGGCAAAGUGAAAGGUCUUGACAUAUAUUCACCUCUCUGCAACCAGGAAGUAGGAGUGGAGAUGGCACCAAAGGUUGAGGGAGUAAGCAGUGAGAGUGGAGAUGACUCCUCAGGUGGAAGCUCAAGUGGGACCUCAGGUUCUCGUCGGCCAGUCAAGAACACUGAGGAGUACCGAAAACGUCGUGACCGCAACAACCAGGCAGUGAAGAAGUCACGUCUCAAGACAAAAAUGAAGACCCAGCAGAUGAUCGAUAGGGUUACUCAACUGAGUACUGAAAAUGAAGAGUUGGAGGAAAACAUUAAGAUUCUUAAUAAAGAAUUGGGCAUUCUUAAGGAUCUCUUUGUUGCUCAUGCAGGAAACGCUCAUGGUGUACAGCUGAAUGAGGCAGCAUUAGCCAAGAUGUUGUGCGAAGAGCCUGAGUUGGAUGAGGGUGUGUCCCUCUUGAUGAGCUUUUCUCAGGGGUCCCCCCCCAGAACUGGGACUAACGAAAGCCUCAAAUGAACCAAUGACAAUACACAAGUCCACGUGGAACCUCUUUUCCAAGUGAGACUUUGACUGGUCUCUGAUGCAUACUCCUAAUCUUCCCAGCAACCAAAGCACUGAACACACCUUGUACUUAGUCAAACUUAACAAGUUGUAAGGCUUGCAAGAUUAUUGUAUGUAUGUUUCCUGUGGAAAUACUUUGUAGCUAAUUGGUCAUGUUUGGCUGGAAAGUGAAGUAUUAUGCACAGUUAUCAUGAAGCUAUAUUUGUUGUACCUGGAUACAAUGCCACCUCUUUUGGUUGCUAAAUAUGGGAAAUUUUCAGUGAUACAACAUUGAUGGCUUCAAUGACUAACAGUCACAUUGAGUCUGUGUUGGCCCCUUCUUCCAUUAAUAUUGCAGUGCCAACAUUAUAUGUAAUUUAAUUUUCUUCUGCUAUUAUGGUACAGCAUAUCCUUUCUCACAGAGGCAAAGUGUGGAUGAUGAUACAGUAAUUUCUAAAGAGAAUGACUGACGAUGUAGUGGAAAAAAAUAUGAGGAUUGACAUGUAGCUUUUAUGUAAAAAAAAUCCUAACAAUGUUACGGCCACUGUUCACACUUUGGAUCCAUGAGAAAAUAUUGUUUUCCUAUAACAGUAAGCUGUCAUUCAGAAUGGCAGGUACAUAUUCUUACUACAAUGUUAAUCUUUCUGAAAAAAAUAAAUAAAAAAAAUAAAUGAUAGUUAAAAAAAGCUUAUGCAGUGUUUGCAAUUGACCAAUGGGAUUGUAUUCUUGUGCAUUAUGCAAUUCCAUCCCAUUUACAGUUAUUGCACUUUGAAUAAUUGGUUUUGCAAGCAUCAAAUUUUACUCAGGAGACCCAAUAACCUUUACUAAUGGUGGACCUCUCAAUUAAAGUUAAAAUUCACAAUUUCAAGCCUCGAGAGGCCUAAAGUCGGGCGCUCAUACUGAUGCAUGUUGAUGCAGUAAGUGAUAUUUGAUUCUGGGAUUGUUAUUAAUAGUAUAUUCCUAUUGUUACUGUAAAUGAAAAAAACAAAAUAAGUUCAACACUUAUGUAAGUACAAACUAGCAAAAAGGUGAAUAGAAAUUGCAAAUGGUAUUGUUAUAUGACUUAUAAAAAUAAAAACAUUCAUACAAUUCUCUUGAGUGCACUUACACCAAUAAUUACACUGGUAUUAGAAAAUGUUAGUUGGAGCAAAUUCUUUGUUGUAUUACAUGAUAAUUAGUAACUGCAUGGAGAGUGUUGCUACUUAGCACUUGUAAUGUCAUGUAUAUCUAGCUUCAAGCCCGUUGAUAGGUAUGUGUGUGUGUGUGGUACUUGGCCAUAUUAAAAUAUAUAGUCUUUUUAUUUUGGGUCUUGGUAAGAUUUUGUAGUGAUUUGUUAUUCACAUGUGAAAUGAAAAAUGAAUAUUAUGUUUAGUACUCCCAGAAGCUGAGAGCCAAGAUCCAAUCAAUGUCAGUUAUAUAAUUUUUGAUACAUUUUAUAGGGUGUGCAAGUUGCAGAGCUCUCCCCUUUAGUGUCAUUGUGGGGGAGCAUGAUUUUAGGACUUGGACUGGUGUCUUUUUAAAUAUUGUCUACAGUACAAAAUAAACAACUUUCACAA